AUGAAGACCGACCGCAAUAUUGCCGAUAAUACAGAUGAUUUCUGGGAUGCGCCCUUAUCAAGGAAAGAUGGAGAUAGUUUAGCCCCUAGGGAGAUAAGAGAUUACAAGGCCAUAUAUGGUGACCCCGGGCAAUCCUUGUCGAUAGCGGCAACUUUUGACCCGCAAUUUUGUGUAGUGCUUGAUCAUAUGGAAUCCGAUCGCUCAAGCAGCAAUGGAGCAGACCACGGAGGGCCCAGUGAAAAAAUUUACAAGACACUCGAAAGCCUGCCGGCAAUGUCGCCGACUCCGGACCAAGAGUAUGUAUUCCUUCAACGAGGCCAGCCGGACAAAGAUCGUGACUUCCGUCGCCCGAGGGUUUACACCUAUAUUGCCCGACGACAGAGUGGCCCUGUCACGGCUCUCGCUGCGUCGUCAACUGAGCUAGACUCCAGUUUCCAGACCAAUGAAUCCUUGGCACCGGCACCGGUACCGAGAGUGACAGAAACUCUUUCAAAUUCUACCGUUUCUGAACCUCGGGACAUUUUACCACCGUUCGAAGAGAUGAUUGAAGGCGUAUACAUCUUUACAACGUCCUUCUUUCAGCUCGGCUUUUUACCAAAAAUGCUCUUAUUUGAACGACUGCGAAAAGAUCCCGAUUCAGUCAGUAGAUUUCUACUGUUCAGCAUCCUGGGCAUUUCAGCUCGAUUCACCCCCUGUCUAGUCAACCGAUAUGGGGACGGCUCGAGCGCGACCGAGUUAUUUCUCAGCCGUGCGGCUGCGCUAGUUCCCGGGCAGAUGUAUGUUCCGACCCUAGAAGCAACGCAAGGAUUCUUCCUGUUGAGUAUUGCAGAAUGGGGUAAAGGCGACAAGCAUCGGAGCUCGACGCACAUGGGCAUUGCGGUGACCAUGGCUGGAAGUCUACGAUUACACCGAGAAGAGACCUACCUUUUGCCCGAUGAUGCGACAGCAGAGCAAUUUGUUCAUGCGGAGGCAGCGAGGCGAACUUUCUGGAUGCUUGAGAGCUACAACAAUUUACUUUCUGGUCUCCGCUCUCCCGUUUCAAUAUCAUAUGGUGACAUAUCUGCCUUUUUACCUUGUACGGAGCACGAAUUUGCAUUUGGGAACUUGACCCAACCCCGUGUACCCCUGGCAGGAACAUUGCCUGCUCUUAAAGAUCCGUCACUUGCGCAUUCUGUAACUCGAUCCUUGUUCGCGACUUUGUUACAGACGCAUAAUCUAUGGGGCCAAGUAGCGAGAGUUGUGGGUACUGAUACAGGGCAAGAUCUUCUCCACGAGGAAGUACGAUUGAGCCGAGAGGAAUAUGCAAGGCUAUUGACGGCACUGGAUGACUUCGAACGAAAUACCCCAGCUCAUCAUUCUUGGUCGAUUUGGAACCUUCGGGGAUUCAAAGCGAAAGGACUAGACCUGGCCUAUCUAUCCGCCGUGAUGAUGCUGAGGUUGAGUCAUAUUGUUUUACGCCGAAAAUUUCUCCACGACAGGUCAAAAUCCGAGACAGGCGAUCGAAAUUUGCAAACAAGACAUUAUGUAACCAGCCUAGGAUCUGUUACAACAGAUUUGUUUGAGAAUAUGAUUCUUCUUCAUGAACAAAUUGACGCAUUCUUCAACUUUCGCUCACCUGACCAGGGCUUCCCAGCCCUAAUUGUGUUUUGCGUGAAUUCGCCUAGGGCCGAGGAGAUUCUCCGAAAAUCUUUGGUGGGGCUGGGGGAGCUGCAGCAUGCCUGGCCCCUUGCUCGGCGUUGGAACAAGGCACUAUGUAGAGCUAGUGCAAAGGCGCCCGACCGGGUGACUGAGAAAACAUUGAUCGAGCUAGCUGGAAGCCCCCCACUGCAUGGAGUAUACACACCCGGCAAUGAGUUACAACAGCCUUCACCUGGGGGUUUGCCUUGGCUUAAUGAUCCAUUCCCGGCGGACGUGAUGCUGAUGGAGUUCGAGGCUUAUCCUUGGAGCGAUAUAUUUACGGGCACUAUGAAUCUCGAUUUUACAACCUUGGGAUAA